AUGACCUCCAAAAAUUUUCCAAUGGCACUAGUCUGCUUAUCUUACACUAUCAUUGGAAUACUGGGGAAUUUUUCUUUACUUUAUCACUAUAUUUUUCUUUAUGUCACCAAAUGCAGAAUAAGAGCCACAGAUCAGAUUAUCAAGCACCUGGUUUUAGCUAAUUCCUUGACCAUUCUGUUUAGAGGAGUUCCUGAAACACUGGCAGCAUUUGGUUUGAAAGAUUUCCUCAGUGAUGUUGGAUGCAAACUUGUUUUCUAUGUUCAUAGAGUAGGCAGAGGCGUGUCCAUUGGUAGCACCUGCUUCUUGAGUGUUUUGCAGGUGAUUACAAUCAGCCCUAGGAACUCCAAGUGGGCAGAUAUUAAGCUAACAGCCACCAAGUAUGUAGGCAUCUUUAAUACCCUGUGUUGGACACUUCACAUGCUGUUAAACAUAGUUGUUCUUAUGUAUAUGACUGACAACUGGAGUAAUAAAAACAACACAUACAAAAAAGAAUAUGGAUACUGUUCUGGUAUUCGUCAACAAAAAGCUAAGACAGUCCUAUAUGCAGCAAUGCUGUCUGUCCCUGAUGUUUUUUGUAUGGGGCUCAUGCUCUGGACCAGCAGCUCCUUGGUUUCCAUCCUGUACAGGCACAAGCAAAGAAUGCAGCAUAUUCAUAAGACCAACAUCACAUAUAGAUCCUCCCUUGAGAACAGAGCUACUAGAACUAUCAUUCUGCUGGUCAGUACCUUUGUCUAUUUUUAUACCCUAUCCUCCAUUUUUCAAGCUUUUUUUAUUCUCUAUAAUAAUCCUAUCAGGUUCCUACAAAACAUGGCUGCGAUACUCACUGGGCUUUACCCAACUAUCAGCCCUUUCGUGCUCAUGAAACAUUAUCCAAGAAUAUCCAGUCUAUUGUUCCUUGCUUGUGAAUUCCACAGCAUUAAAAUCUUGAGGUUAUGUUUUGUUCCAAAUCUUAAGAAGGCCUUAAUUCCUCACACUUUCAAUGGUUUCUUACAUAAAGAGAAAGAGACUCUCAGGUCGUCGGCGGUGGCUGCAGCUGCCACUAUUCACGGGGCGAACUUGGCAGAGCAGGGAGGCACAGAAGGGCAGGGGUGUGUAAGGACGGCCGCGGGUGUAUUUGGCGGCGGGAAGGAAGACCUCGAAACUUGUUCCUCCUACUUGGGGAUUGUAAUUUUUUUUCCGGUGACGGAUUCCGGAAAUACUCGGCGUCUCCGUUUUCGAGAUUUUCUGGCUCUUGUCGGUUGA